UCGGACGGAGCGCUAUUUGAAGCCGCUCGUGCGAGUGUUGUUUACCUGCAGCUUCGCUACCGGAAACACACAAAGCACCUGAAGCACCUGAAGCACCUGAAGCACCUGAAGCACCUGAAGCACCUGAAGCACCUGAAGCACCUGAAGAGGAACCAUGUCGUCUGUGGAAGCGCGUGCUGUGCAGCUCCCAGUGGAGAACCUGCCGAGGAAGAGCAGAGCCACAGCGGGGCCGAGGAGGGCUGCCCUGGGGGAGAUUACCAACGUCACCUCGGGGGCAGUCAACCACGCAAAGAAGACGAGACCCCCCAAAGCCUCAGCCAGACCCCCGUGUGUGCAGAAGGCUAGACCUGCGGUCCAGGUCCCGGUCCAGCCACCUGCAGAGCUCCUCCCCCCGGUCUCAAAUGAGUCGGCUGACCUGUCCCAGGAGGAGGGUCUGUGCCAGGCGUUCUCCGAGGCGCUGCUCGCCGUGCAGGACGUGGACGAGGAGGACUCGGCCGAGCCCCAGCUCUGCUCCGAGUACGUGAAGGACAUCUACAGCUACCUGCACGUGCUGGAGGUGCAGCAGGCGGUGCGAGCCGACUACAUGAAGGGUUACGAAAUCACCGCGCGCAUGCGGGCCCUCCUGGUGGACUGGCUGGUCCAGGUCCACUCCAGGUUCCACCUGCUGCAGGAGACCCUGUACCUCACGGUCGCCAUCCUGGAUCGGUUCCUCCAGGUCCAGCCGGUGCCCAGCAGGAAGCUGCAGCUGGUGGGCGUGACCGCCAUGCUGGUGGCCUGCAAGUACGAGGAGAUGUACGCGCCGGAGGUCCGAGACUUCACCUUCAUCACGGACGACGCCUUCACCAAGGCGCAGGUCCUGGACAUGGAGCAGCUGGUCCUGAGGACCCUGAACUUCGAGCUGGGCCGGCCUCUGCCGCUGCACUUCCUGCGGCGGGCCUCCAAGGUGGCCGAGUCUGACGUAGAGAGGCACACGCUGGCCAAGUACCUGAUGGAGUUGACCCUCCUGGACUACGACAUGGUCCACUUCCGGCCCUCUGAGGUCGCCGCCGCCGCGCUGAGUCUCUCCCAGCUGCUGCUGGAGGGUCUGCCGUGGUCCGCCACCCAGCAGCACUACUCCACCUACGACUCCGCCCACCUGCAGCCGGUCGUGCAGCACGUCGCCAAAAACGUGGUGCAGGUGAACGAGGGAAAGAGCAAGUUCCAGGCCGUGAAGAAGAAGUACUCCAGCAGCCGGCUGCUGCAGGUCGGACUCCUCCCUCAGCUGCGCUCGGCCACCGUGAAGACGCUGGCGGCCGCGCUGCUCGGCGACGACUGAGGCCGACGCCCACGACGACGACUGAGGCCGACGCCCACGACGACGACUGAGGCCGACGCCCACCAGCACUUUAGUUCAGAUUCAUCUCGCUCUGUUACGACACUGAAGGAAAUAUUGUUUUAAUAAUCUGAGCCAUGAUUUUUUUUUUUUACUUUAAUGUGACGUUUUCCUUGAAUGCACUUUGACCUUUGACCUGCAGCAGCCAUUACAGCUGGAGUUGAGGAAUUGCGCAACUUCCAAUCAGAAGUUUUGUUUGCGACCAACUUCCUGUUCCUGUAAAGUUUUUACUUUACCAGCUGUGUUUUUACUUCUCUCUCUCCUUUUUUUUUUUAAAAGUAAAUCUCUGCUUAUUAAUAUUUAUGAAUGUUUUAACUUUAAAAAUGUUGCCGACUAAAUUAAAAGGAAUCAAACUCUG